CUCCGCCGUCCCACAAUGCGGCGGGCGGGUGUGACGUGUCGGGUGGGGAGGCCGCGGCCGGAGCGGAGCGGGACGGUGAGGGAGAUGAUGUGUCCCCGGCUGCUGCUGCUGGUCGCCGCUCUCCGGGCCGCCGCCGCCUUCUACCUGCCCGGCCUGGCCCCCGUCAGCUUCUGUGAGACCGACAGCGACGAGUGUCAGAGUACCAUUGAAUUAUUUGUAAACAGGCUUGAUUCGGUGGAAUCUGUCCUACCGUAUGAAUAUGCUGCGUUUGAUUUCUGUCAGUUGGAAGAGGAAAAACGUCCUUCAGAAAACCUUGGCCAAGUGCUGUUUGGCGAAAGGAUUGAACCAACUCCAUACAAGUUCCACUUCAAGAAGGAAGAGGUGUGUAAGCAUGUGUGCACAAAAGAAUAUGACGUUGGGAAAGCAGAUGACAAAUCAAAGUUGGCAUUUUUAAAAAAUGGCAUGCAUUUAAAUUAUCAACAUCAUUGGAUUAUUGAUAAUAUGCCUGUCACGUGGUGUUAUGAUGUGGAAGCUGGGCAGAAAUUCUGUAAUCCGGGAUUUCCCAUUGGUUGCUACGUAACGAAAACUGGCCGCCCAAAAGAUGCUUGUGUCAUUAACACUUCCUUCAAUGCAAAGGACACUUACUAUAUCUUCAAUCAUGUGGAUAUCACAAUAUAUUACCACAGUGAAGUUGAGAAAUCUGGAGCAAGACUUGUGGCUGCUAAAUUAGAACCAAGAAGCUUCAAGCAUACCCAUAUCGAUAAACCCGAAUGUACAGGACCACCCAUGGGCAUCCCUAAUGAAUCUAAAGGAAAAAUUAGUGUUGCCUACACCUAUUCUGUUAAAUAUGUUACAUCGCCAAUUAAAUGGGCAUCAAGAUGGGAUUACAUUUUAGAAUCUAUGCAUCAUACAAAUAUUCAGUGGUUUAGCAUUAUGAAUUCUUUGGUAAUUGUCCUAUUCCUUUCUGGUAUGGUUGCCAUGAUCAUGCUCCGUACCUUGCAUAAGGACAUAGCAAGAUAUAAUCAGGUGGAUUCAACUGAAGAUGCUCAGGAGGAAUUUGGGUGGAAAUUGAUCCACGGUGAUGUCUUCAGACCACCUCGGAAAGGAAUGCUUUUGUCUGUUUUUCUGGGUUCCGGUGCUCAAAUCUUUAUCAUGAUGUUUGUUACUCUGUUUUUCGCGUGCCUGGGAUUUUUAUCUCCUGCAAAUAGAGGAUCCUUGAUGACUUGUGCAGUUGUCUUGUGGGUGCUGCUUGGGACCCCAGCAGGCUAUGUAGCUGCCAGGUUUUACAAGUCAUUCGGUGGUGAGAAAUGGAAAACAAAUGUAUUAUUGACUUCUUUUCUAUGUCCAGGAAUUGUCUUUGCUGAUUUCUUUCUCAUGAACUUAAUACUAUGGGGAGAAGGAUCUUCGGCUGCAAUUCCUUUUGGUACACUGGUGGCUGUUCUGUCAUUGUGGUUUGGUAUUUCAGUGCCUUUGACCUUUAUUGGUGCCUACUUUGGCUUCAAGAAGCACGCAAUAGAGCAUCCUGUUCGCAUUAACCAGAUCCCACGCCAGAUUCCUGACCAGUCGUUCUACACAAAGGCUCUGCCUGGAAUUGUUUUGGGUGGCAUACUGCCAUUUGGCUGCAUCUUCAUUCAGCUGUUCUUCAUUCUCAAUAGCAUAUGGUCCCACCAGAUGUAUUACAUGUUCGGUUUCCUGUUUCUGGUGUUCAUUAUCCUCGUCAUCACUUGCUCUGAGGCAACUGUUCUUCUCUGUUAUUUCCACCUUUGUGCUGAGGACUAUCACUGGCAAUGGCGAUCAUUUCUAACCAGUGGAUUUACAGCAGUAUAUUUUUUAAUCUACGCAAUCCAUUACUUCUAUUCCAAACUACAGAUAACUGGAACUGCCAGCACCAUUUUGUACUUUGGAUACACAAUGAUAAUGGUGUUGAUCUUCUUCCUUUUCACAGGAACUAUUGGGUUUUUCGCAUGUUUCUGGUUUGUGACCAAGAUCUACAGUGUUGUCAAGGUGGAUUAAAAGAACUGCCUUUUUGGGGAAAUAUGCACGUAUCUAACAGAACUUGUGUUUACCAAAUUGAUUUGAUAACCUCAGAUGGACAUCUGGUUGACUCAGGAGAACUAUUAUACAGAGUACUGACGCAGCAUUUAUAUUUCAUAUUCUAAACUUGUUAGGCUAAAAUCAUUUGGAACAAUUGGACUUGUAUUUGGUUUUGGAGCAAAAUCUUUCUAGUUCGCCUUUAUGUUGAAUUGGAUUUGAGUAUGUUGCCUGUUUACAUAUUGUGCUUCAGUUUGUACCAAUUACUUUGAAACACGUGUGAAACAUAAUGCUUCAGUAAAUUGUACCCACUUUCUACCUGGAAUGAAGAUUGCUGAUAUUCAAGGAAGUGAAAGCUGAGAAAAAUACACUCAAAGUCUGGUUUCUAAUUGUUUAGCCUGAAGUCUAUUUUGUGAUUAUUUUCUUCCCCUCACUUUGCUACUUGCUGAUUAAUUGGUUUGAAGUACGAUACGUUUAAAUGUGCGGACAGUUAAGUCUGUGUGACUUUCCUCCUUUCACCUUAAUGCCAUGAGGCAUUGAGAUUCUUUUUAACAAUGGCAGAGAAAGGUGCUUCAGUUGAACAUGUUAAUGAUUAAUGCACUAUUCCCCAGGGUACAAUUUCAACGUCAUUAUUUACAGAGUUUUUUUAUAAUUUAUUAGUGUUGUGAUAUGACAAUGCUGUUCCUUCAUUGUUAGGUGUCUCACCAUGAGAGUGGUGGACCAGUCCACCAUGUGAUUAAAAAUGAAAAAUACCUGGAUGUCCAAUAAUAUAUUUAUAGAGUUUAACUUAGAACAGAUUAUCGAAUGAUUCAAAGCCCCAGGAUGUCCUGACUCACUUACAUCGAUCACUACACUUUCCGUCUUUCUCAUUGUACCUUUAUUUUUCUUUAAAAAUCCUGUUUAAUUACUACAAAGUUACCUAACUCGAUGAAAAAUACAUUCUUUGGUUACAAUUGUCUUUGCCAACUCUCUGCAGUUCUGUUUCAACUGUGUUUUUGCAAACUCCUGAUUUCACUUCAAAGCUGCUUCUCCAAUUUGCGAUCUUGAUGUGUCACCCUCUAGUGCGGAAAGAUAAUGCAAAGAUUUUAUUUAAAGGAAAAGAAUCGAAGUUACUAAGUAAAGGAGGGUGAUGUAAGGUGGAAAUCUCUGGUGCAGCAGAGGAAGUAGAAUUGUGAAAGUCCAAGGUAUUAUGUCGCAUUCUCGUUGUUUUCCGAUUGUCUACUUUGUGUUCCACACACUUAAUACUACAGAAAUAAAUUAAGAGGAUUAAUUUUACUCAUUGGUAUUACAUCUGUGUUUGACGGCAAAGGCUUAUUUAGUGAUUCUGAUCCCUUUUUUAAUGGUUAUUUGAAUAUUUUAUUUGGGAAUAUUUUUUAAUGUAAAUAAUGUUUUCUAUGGCAGCAAUGGUGAUUUGAUUUAUGAGAAUAACUUAAAUAUGAUUGAAUUGAGUUUUUUGGUUCACGGUAACACUUUUAAUGGGUGGUCAUUGUUGAAUACUGUAUCUUUAUAUUUUUAAUGAUUUGGGCUUGACACUAUGACUAACACUGUAUCAUUCAGUUUUCAAACGUACAACCUCUUGUUGAAUAAACUUUGU